ACAUUAUUAAGAAAUUUGAUUAUAGUGUAUAAAAGAAAUUUUGUAGAUUAUUAUUCGUACUAUUUGUAUUGUGUAUUGUUUUCAUAAUUAUUUUUCUUGUGUUUUUGGAAUUCUUUAUAUUAUACUCGAAAUUAUUUUUUUUAUAUUCUAUGAUAGUGUCGGUUCUUACUAAUUAAUAUAAUAUAUACGUAUGUGUUUAUUAUUAUUUAAGAAGAAAUUAAAGGAAAUGUUUUAUUAUCGAAAAUUAUAACAGUAUUUACACGGAAAACACCAUUCGAAAUAAUAACAGUUUAAAUUUUUUCAUUUGUUCUUUUCAAAAAUUUUAAUUUAAAUAUUAUACAUGUGUGUAUGAAUGUAAUAAAAUAAUAAUUUAAAAUGUGAUCCAUUUAUUUUAUUUAAUUAUAAAAAUAAAUUAGUAUAAAUUGUAUUUUAUAUAUGAAUAAUAAAGAAAAUUUAAUAGAAAAAAGAAAAGUAUAAGAAAAAUUAAUAUUAAAAUUAUAUAAUUUAAUUGAAAGAAACGAAAAAAAAAAAAUAUGGGAUCACCAAAUAUUGUUGAAUUAGAAACACAGUGCUUAAAUUCAAUUAAUAAUGAAACGAAAAAAAUACAUAAUAAUAUGAUUGUUAUACAUAAUGUAAGAAAAUCUCGUAAAGCAAAAGCUAAAAGAUGGAUUAAAAAUAGAUUUCAUAUAUUAAAUUGGAUAGAAGAUUAUAAUUUACAUUUUGCAUUUAAUGAUUUAAUUGCCGGAUUAACAUUAGGCUUAACAAUAAUACCAGAAAGUAUUGCAUGUGCAAGAUUAGCUGGUUUACCAUCACAUCAUGGAUUAUACUCAUCAUUUAUAGGUUCUUUUGUAUAUUUAAUAUUUGGAACAGUAGCUAAAGUCCUAAUUGGUCCUACUAGUCUUGUUGCACUCGUAACCGUACAAUUCACUAUGGGAAAACCAAUACAAUUUGCUUUUAUUUUAACAUUUUUGGCUGGUGUUGUUGAAUUGCUUAUGGGCUUAUUACGACUAGGUUUCAUUUUUGAGUUCAUUUCAAUGCCAGUUAUUAAAGCAUUUUCAACAGCAACAGCAGUUUUAGUUAUUGAAUCGCAAAUUAAGGUUAUUCUCGGAAUCAAAUAUUUAGUUCCAGGAUUUGUAAAUUCUAUACAAAAUUUAAUUUAUAAACUUGAAGAAGCAAGAGCUGGUGAUGCUGUAAUGGGAACAUGUUCUCUAGUUUUUUUAAUAUUGUUAAAGCAACUUGAUCGAAUACAUUUUGAUGAAAUGAAACCAUCUGGUCGUUAUUUAAAUGUAAUUGUUAAUUAUAUAAGUUUAUCGAAAAAUGGUUUUCUUGUUAUUAUUUGUGCUGUUGCCUCAUAUAUAUGGGUUUCAAAUUCACCUGAAAAUGAAGAACCGCCAUUUAGAUUGAGUACAGAUGUUGUUCCAGGAAUGCCAAAUUUCUCAUUUCCAUCAUUUACUGUAGAAGCCAAUAAUAGAACUUAUACAUUUUUGGAUAUUUGUAGUGAACUUGGAAUGGGAAUAUUUGUGAUACCAUUUGUUUCAUUAUUAACAAACAUUUCAAUUGCAAAAGCUCUAACACCAAAGGGUUUAGUUAACGCUAGUCAAGAAUUAUUUACAUUGGGAUUAUGCAAUAUAAUGGGAUCAGGAGUUCAGUCGAUGCCAACAUGUGGUGCAUUUUCAAGAGCAGCCAUAAGUCAAACGAGUGGUAUUAAAACUUCAAUAGCUGGAAUUUAUUCAAGUUUCGUUGUAAUUUUUGCCAUGAGUCUUUUAACACCAUAUUUUACAUAUAUCCCAGAGAGUACAUUAGCUGCUAUUUUAAUGGUUGCUAUUGUUACAUUAAUUGAUUUUAAAAUACCGAUAAGAUUAUGGCGUGAAAGUAAACGAGAUUUUUUUACAUGGCUAUUAUGUUUUUCAGCAUGUGUAGUAUUUGGAGUUGAAGUUGGUCUAUUUUUUGGAAUUGCAGUUACAGCAGCAUAUCUUUUAUAUUUAUGGGCUAGACCUAAAAUAAGAGUUAAAAUUGGAGAGAUUAAUGGCAUGCAAUAUGUUCAUGUAACUCCAAAUCAUGGAAUGUAUUUCCCAGGAAUUGAUCAUUUAAGGGAAAGAACAUUGAAAGCUUGUAUAGAAGCGAAAUUUCGUAUUCCAGUUGUUAUAGAUUGUCAUAAUAUAACAGGUUUAGAUUAUACAGCAGCUCAGGGUAUAUCAAAAUUAGCUGUUGAAUUAGAAGAUGAAAAUCGAUCACAAGCAUUAGUUUUAUUCAAAUUAAAUGUAAAAUUUCAAAAAUUAAUUGAUAAUCUCAAUAAUUUAGUAUUCUGUGAGACUGAAGAAAAAUUAAAGGAAAUUUUAACACAAGAAAGUCUUCGAAAUGGUUUUAUAUCACUAAAGGAUCAUGUUAGAGCAUCUAUUGAUUUAGGUUAUAAACUAAAUACAUUAGAAGAGAUCACAGAUGAAUAAUUUAUAUAUAUAUAUAUGUGUAGUAUUAUUAUUGUUAUAUUUUUAAUUGUUUAUACAUUAACACAUUAUACCUAUCCAAAAAAUUUGUUAUAAUUAUAAUUUUUAUUUAUUGAAAAUUUUGUUAAAUAAACAAAAUUUUGCUUGUAUUUAA